AUUGUUUUACUCAUUAUCUCUACGAUGGGAUUGACAAUCGCCUUUCCAACAACACACGAAGAUGAAGAGAUGGACGGCGAAAAGUCACGAAAAAUUAUUGGACAAAGUGUUGUUACAUCUGUCAGUGUGAUUAUGAAUGGCGAUGGAGAAGCACCGCACUUCACUGAUGCUGUUGGAAAAACAGUUCCUCGUCCAUUUGUACCGCCACAAGUUGCGAGCCCAAUAAAUCUUCUUAAUCCAGAUCGAUAUGAGUUUUAUACAUUUAACGAUAGCGGUGAACUUGUUAAAAGGUUGAUGACAUUGAAAGAGAUUCAAAGCAUUGUUGCAAAUGGUAACGGUGCUGUUAUUGGAGAUAAUGAACCUGAAGCACAGUCUGUAUUACUCAAUGCAAUUCCUAUGACGAAUCAAGGUGCUGAGACAAAUGUCCAAGACAUUGUCGACAAUGUUCAAAGUGUGUUGAGUCAAGAGAUUGAAAAUAACAAAAAUAUUUCGACAAUUCCUUCACAACUCUUGGAUACACCUGAUGUGUCAUCGUCUUGGAGUAUGAUUUUGCCAGCGAUAUUUGGCAACACAGGAGACGAAAUUUUACCACACAAACCAAUCAAUAUGACACCAGAAACUGAUAUUCUUGAUACAACGACAACAAAUCUUCCGCCAUUGACGAAAACGACGACAGUUAAAGUCACAACAAAAACCACAAAAGCUCCAACUAAAGUGACAGUUCCAUUGACGAAAGUUCCAGCAACAACGGCGAAAACGACAACAAAGAUAAAGCAAACAGUAAAAGCAAAGCCGAAACCUACAACAACUGUUCGUUUGUCAAGUACAACACCAAAACCAAUUGAAACUAAAACAUCUACGAUGAAGCCUAAAGUAGUGACAACAACAAAGAAAAUUAUCAGAAAGCCAACAACGAUACCAUCUAGAGGAAAUCCAACAGCUGCUUCACGUCCACACUUAACAAACUCUCCGAUUAUCAUUGAAUAUAUUGAUAGGAGACCAUCGCAUGGUUCCAAACCGGAAGUUAUAAAAAUAGAAUAUAAAACUCAACGUGUUACACAAGCACCAAUUUUGUUGAAUGAUCAGUUAUUUAUCGAUGAAGAAGAUCCAAUUGUUAAAAAUUUACCAUCGACAACAUCAACAACAACUGAAAUUCCAAUAGUUGAGAAUGAAAGUAAUGAACCUUUGUAUGAGAAACUUGAAUUGACGACAAUGAAAACAAAGGAAGAAAUGUCUGGAAAUAGCGAAAUCAUGACGACGAUUGAGAAAUUUAUUCAGCAUCAGACUGAUGGAAAAACUAAGAAACCAAUUGAGAAACUUGACGUUUUGGGAUUCGACGAUGACGAUGAAACAGAAAUUAAAUUGAAUGAGACAUUGGAGAGUAAGAAAACUGUCACACAAUCUGAAUAUGUCACAAAAGCUGCAACUGUUGCUUCAGUUUUGAGUACGAAAUAUGCUGAAAGACAAACAACACCACCACCAACUGACGAUGAUGAAGAAAAUGAUACAACAGUUCCGACUAUUUUAAGUGAAGCAUUGUCUGAUGUCAUCAAACUUAUGAUGAAUGAGAAGGAAGAGAAAAAAACAUCAACAACUUCGACGACAACAUCAAAACCUUCAACAACAACUCAGAAAGAUGUUGCAACCGAACCUUCAGAACAAGAUCUCAAUAAACUCUUGCAUCAUUAUGAAGAUUUACAACGCGAUCAAUUCGAUCAACUUGAAGCUUUAUCAAUGUUGAGUGAGAAUGUUGAAACAACAACACAGAAAAUUAAUGAAGACAAAAUUAUAACGACGAUUUCAGUUCCAUCGUCAACUGCUUUACCUGAAAUGACUGUCGUGAAAGAAACAUCGUCAGUGUCAAUAAAGAAAGAUGAAACGACUCAAGAAAACAACUCAGAAAUGAUAACAACGAAAGAUGAAUCAGAAAAAGUUGUGACCACAACAAAUCCACCAGAUUCAACAUUCACAACUUUCUUCUCAGUUGUUGAUGACGACGAAACAACAACUGAAAUGGAUUUAGGAAAAUUCACAACUGUUCAAUCUGUCGUAAGUGUAACAGAGAAACGUGUUAGUGACAGAAAAGAUGAAACCUACACAACAAAUUCGCCAUAUGAGUCAGAAGAAGAACCAAUUGAUAUUAUGUCAGAUGUUCUAAAUGCAAUUGGAAUUGCAAGUGAUUUGGAAGACGAUCCAAGUAAUGAAAGAUUGAAAAAUGUGUAUGGAGGUGAGAGUCAAGAAAGUGAUGAAGUUGAAAGCGUGAUCUCAAGUUUAUCAUCAACUCUCGAUAAGACAAUUGUGGCUGAUGUGGAUACAGAUUUCACGUUGACCUCAAAACUAGCAUCAAGCUUGAUAUCUGUCGCUGAUACAAUCUCCGAAACAUUAACUGGAGGAGAUGAAGAAAGCGAAGAAAUCACAAAAGUGAUUCCAACAACAUUCUCAACAGUGUCAAAAAAUAAUGCAGCAACAAAAAAUGUUUUAACCACCGAAAAGGUAACAGAAAAAUCUGAAGAAAUCAUGACAACAACGAUUAAUCCCAUGACAGUUAAGGAAUUGGAAGAAGCAACAAUUGAACCUGAAAGAAUUUUGGAAGUUGAAAUUCCAACAACAGACUCAAUCGAAUUGACAACAAUUGAAGAAGAGACAACUGAAAAAAUUCAAGAGAAAGAACAACAAGUUGUGAUAAGGAAAGACAGUUCACUUGAAGAAAUUGAUUACAUUACGCCACCAACUCAUACAAGCAUGAAACUUCCAUUAAGUGAAGGAAACUUUAUAAAGAUCGACAACAUAGAAUCUACCAAAUUGAGUGGCUUUAAGAACAAAGGUCAAGAUAUCAAUGAACACAUCAAACCAAUUUAUGUUGCAGUCAGAAGUACAACGACAGAAAAGUCAGCAAAUUCCUUACCAGCAGCUCCUUCAUUAAGCGAUGAAGACGUUGAAAUGUCAGAUGAAAUGAUAACAGAACGUGUUCCAUUAAUUGAAGCUACGAAAGUUCCUGAUUCUGUUCAUCUUUCAAGUAGUGAAGAUAAUUUGGUUGAAAUAAAAGUUCAUACAAAGUCACCACCAAUCACAACAGUUGUGUCAACGACAGAAGAUCGUCCAUUGACAACAUCAGAACUUUCAUGGAACAUUCAAGCAAUUAAAGAAAAUAUCAAAAACUCACAACAACAGCCACGUCCACAAUCUCCAGUUGUUGACUUAACUGCUUCAUCUAAAGAAGCUCUUGGUCUAGCCGCUACUACUGCCAACUUAAACUCAGAUCUCAGUGGAUUCUCAAAGCUUUGCAAUGAACUGGCAUUUACCUUCUGGAAAUCAAUUACAGCUGAUGGAAUAAGUCAAGCACGAAGUGUCAUCAUUUCACCAUUUGCACUUACAUCGAUGCUUUCAAUGAUAUUCCUUGGCGCUCGUGGACAAACUUCAGGGGAAAUGAAUGAUUUGUUACGAUUGGAUGAUAUGGUGACAUUCAAUCCCCAUGUCGUGUUUCGUAACAUUUCGGAAUCGAUUGAACAGUCAAGAAAGUCAGGAAUAUCUGCAGCAUCAUUUGUUCGCGAACUUUACAGUGAUCGAUCGAAAGGAAAGCUUUUACCUUACUUCAAAGAAAAAGCUCAACAAUUCUACGCUGCAAAUGUCGAAGAAGUGAAUUUUGAAGUCGUAAAUGAUAUCAUCAGACGUCGCACGAACUUGCUUGUCAAACGACACACAUACAAUAAAAUCAAUGAGUAUUUGAAAACCAACAAUAUUUGGGUCAACGAGCCACUUGCUGCUGUUUCAGCGAAUGUUUUCCUGACUGACUGUACUGGGGCUACAACAAACGAUCGUGAUGGCGAAAUGUUCUUCCAAGUUUCACCAGCAAUUCGUCAACGGCGAUUAGUUCCAAUUCCAGCUGCUGUUUACCGUUCAGGUUUUACAGCUGGGUAUGAUCCAAUUCUUGAUGCAACUGCUGUGGCUUUUGGUGAUGAACUUCAAUCAACUGUCAUGGUUAUGCCUGGACAACAGGGCAGUUCAAUUCCUGGGGAUAAUCUUGAGAGAUUAGAAAGUGCUUUCAUGGAUUCAUCAAAUAAUGUUUGGGGACGUUUGUUAACAACAUUUAUGGAAAGACCUGGAUUGGAAGUUCAAAUUCCACGAUUCUCACACCGCUCACUUAUCAAUGCUACUUUUGCACUUCAACAGAUGGGAUUAAAAGAUAUUUUUGAUGCCAACAAAGCUGAUUUACGAGGCUUAACUGGAGCAAAAUCAAACGAUCUUUUCUUCUCUGAUAUGCUUCAAAUUAAUCAAUUUAGUACAUGCGGUGAAGAUAAGAUUGGCGAUUCUCAUCAUAUUGAAAUUUAUCCAUCCCCAGCAUUAAAACGUGAUGUUAAUGUCAAUGAUGAUGUUGACGAUGUUGAAGAAGAAGAUGAAAAACUUGAAGUUGCAUCAACAGAUAACACGCAAUUAUUUUACGAUCCAAUUUAUGAUUCAAGAUAUAUUAACGUUCCACUCCCACUUCGACCACGACAAGCUCGUCUCCCCGAAAAUCCACGAUUACGAUUUGAUCGUCCAUUCUUGUAUUUCGUCAGACAUAAUCCAACUGGCAUUAUACUCUUCAUGGGACGAUUUAAUCCAAGAUUAUUACCUUAAAUUUAUAAAUUUCAACUUUUAACGCAUAUCAUUGAUGCGUCAAUUCAUUGACUGAUUAAAUUCCUUGAUCUGAAGUCGUUCGCUGAUAUUUUACGACGAUUUUAGAUUGACGACUAUUUACGAUAAUUUUAUUAUUUUUUUAUCUUUAAUCUUCUUUCUUUCAUUAUUUUAUGAAGUCUCUAAUGAAUUUACUUAUCUGCUUCAAUAUAUUGAGAGUUUGUUAAGUCAGAAAUAAUUUAAUUAAUAAGAGUAAAGUAUUAAACAAAUUAAUUUUCUUUUAAUUAUAAUUUUCAUAUCUAAGUAGGUAGUAAAUAUUUUAUUUAGAUAGUGUUAGAGGAGAAGUCUUUGAUGAAUUCUUCUUGUAUUCAAGUUCAAUAACAACAAUUCCUAUUUAUAAAAACGAAAACAUUUGCAUUCCAAUUCCGUUCAUAAUAAAAACGUCUGUUAAAUAAAAUAAAAAUAAAACGAAUGAAAAAUUGAAGUUU